GCACGAUCAAUACACAAGCGACCAAUCGCUAUUCUGUGGAAACAGUUCUAGAAGAGCUAUUUUGGUCACAAGUUGAACAAUACAUUGAAAUAUGUGACAUUCGGAAGCAGUUUUAUCUGUGGUUCAUUUACUUUCGUUCGAAAAUUUUCUGUGUCACAGGCGUGGACCGGGGAUCAAACUCGACUUGAUGUCAAACGGCCGUGCCAGUUAUUUCUAGCAGGGACUGAAUACCCUCAGGAAUAAUUAGUUCAUCCGCUUGUGUGAAAGACCUGGAACUAGUAUACCAGCGCUAUUAUAAUGACAUACGUAGAGAGAAGAUUGCUGUUGCAAAAUGGACCGCCGUGGGGGUUUCGGUUGUACGAAGACUUUAUGGAGGGCCUUAUAGUAUCCAAGAUUCGCCGACAAAGUCCCGCGGACUAUGCAGGAUUACGUGAAGGUGACCACGUGUUGGCUAUCAACGGAAUGGAUGCGCUGGAUAUGUCGCAUGCACGAGCGGUACAAAUCAUUGACUACGCAUCAUACAACCUAGAAAUUAUUGUCGGGAGAUACGAAAGACUUCAGAAAAUGGAACGCAUUUAUUUGGAUAAUCAGGCCUUACGAUCAAAGCAAAGGCCACAGGAAAUUACAACAACAGAGCUGCAGCUGUUCUGGGAAAAGGAAAUGCCACUGAAACCAGUGAGAAAAGCCUGGCCUCCACCCCAAGAAACCGUGAUUAUCCACCCACCCCAGCAAACUGUUCGGAUAGCCCAGCCACCACCUCCACCACCACCACCGCAACCCGUGACGAUUCACAUACCAGCCCCACCUCCAAGACCACCGACACCAGAGAAUGAAAGACUCAUUAUUCCGAACGAUCCCGAUGUGUCUCGGCUAUCGGUUAAACAGCUUAUGCGGGAAUUCAAUGCACCACCGAUACCGCCCGAAGCUCGAAAAAAAAACUAUGCCGAUUCCUCCUUCUAUUCCGAUCCAAACAAAUAUUACCCAACUGUCGAGGAACAGAUUGAAAUGGCGCGCAGGGUGGCCGACAGCUUGCAGGACCCGGAAAACUAUACCAAGGGGGUCAAUAUGUUUGAGAAACAGCGCAUUAGGGCGGACAAGCACGUUCGUGAGGGACCAGAUCCAGAGCCCGACCCGAUUGAAGAGGCAACUCCGGAUGAACUGGAACAUAUGACUCCACCAUCACCCCCACCACCUCCCCCUCCACCCCCACCAAUAAACAAACCUACGGUUCCGAUUCCACCACCUCCACCAAUGUUGCCGGGUCAACCCAAGACAGUGCAAGAAUUUCUGGAGAAAAUCAAAGUAUUUCCCAAAAAUCGCCACGCAGACUUGGAUCCGCAAAAAUGUUUUGACAUUGCCACUGCCCUAUACACGUCCGACAGCCGAGGGGCCCAGAUGUUCGCCAAACGACAUGCUCGUGCUAAGAAGUGGGAUGCUGAGGCUAGUGAAAAUGGGGGCAGUUCUGUCGCACAGCCAGUCGCUGUAGCAGCUUUUGGUCCUUCAUUGAAAGAGGAGCACAGAGUAAAGUUACCUUCGAAGCUACCACAAAAGACACCAAUCAGCCAAGCAAAGCCUAAACCUAUCCAUGUUGACCUGAGUCAUACUGAUGCGGCCGGCAAACCCAAAACGUCUCUAGUUGACGAGCGUGCAUUGUCGCAACCCGAACCGGAAACUGCGGUAACGGAGGCGAUGCCCAAACCAUUUGGACAGUAUUCAGCUGCAAACAACGCUCCUCCAAUGUUCGCUGUCAGUCCGGGACUGGGAUCGAUCGAUUCAGAGUCAAUUAACACUGGGUUUGAUACGGAAAGCACGCAAUCGGGCUGGAGGCCUGUCAAGUUCAAAGUAGCCCAAACAGCGAGUUAAACGUCAUGUGUAAGCUGAAAGAGCAGUGACCGACGUUUAGUGUAGCCUUGUACCCAAACACCCACAAUCUCUCCUCUCUGUCGGAUCGAAAUAACCGAAGUCACUCAGUUCCCUUGUUUCGUCUGUACUUUGUUCCGCUUUCGUGUGACGACAUAUCUAACCAAGUCGUUGCACCACUUCAUUUUCGGAUCCUCUAAUGAAUGGAAGGAACAAGUACGACGAACUUGUUGACACUUGUGAACAAAACACAUAGUUUCGAUCUCCUCAGACCAUAACUGAAUUAUUUUUUGAAAAGAGCAGCACCACGGUAACCCAUCACAGUUAUGCAUUUGUUGGUUUUAUGUAGAAAAGAGUUAAUUUCGUGUUUUAUUGCUUCUAACUACCUAACCACCUGCUCCCACUCCUUCUUACCCUUUUUAUCCGUGUUUUAUCGAUCCUUCGACAUUUUGAAUGGUGCCAGUCAAGCAUUUAGUGAGAUCCAUUGGAUUGUUAAUGUUGCCGCAUAUGCGAUGCUUCCCAAAAGCUACGAAAGAUGUAGGGUCA